CCCCCGUGUAAGAGUGAGGUGGAGGAGGACAUUCCAGUCCAUGUGACCACAGCAGAAAAUCUCAGUAGGAACUCUGAAGAAAACUUCAUGUUAUCACAGAAUUAUAAAGUAGAAGAUGAAGAACUCAUGCAGCGCUCGUCCCAAGAAAACCUCAUUACCAGAAAUGUGCAUCCUGAACUUCAUAAUACAGAUCUUUCACAUUAUCCGGCUAAGUGUGAGGAACCUUCUCCUGGCCAAUCACAGAUUGGUGCCACCAGUACAGAUCAGAAAAGGGAAACAAAUUUUCAGUGCUGGGAAUGUGGAAAACAGUUUCCAUACCGCUCAGGUCUUCUGAUGCACAGAAGAAUUCACACAGAAGAAAAGCCGUACUCCUGUUCAGAAUGUGGGAAAUCUUUUACAGACAAACCAAAGCUUGUUGCACAUGAGAAAAUUCACACAAGAGAGAAGCCAUAUUCAUGUUCUGAAUGUGGGAAACGUUUUGCCAAUAGGUCACAACUUGUUAUACAUGAGAGAAUUCACACAGGAGAGAAGCCGUAUUCAUGUUCAGAAUGUGGGAAAUGUUUCACAAGGAAAUCACAUCUUCUUAUACAUGAGAGAGUUCACACAGGAGAGAAGCCGUAUUCAUGUUCAUUAUGUGGGAAACUUUUUAAAUACCAAUCAUAUCUUGUUAUACAUGAGAGAAUUCACACAGGAGAGAAGCCAUAUUCAUGUUUGGAAUGUGGGAGACAUUUUUCAGGUAAAUCAAGUCUUUCUGCACAUCGGAAAACUCACACAGGAGAGAAGCCCUACAAAUGCUCAGAAUGUGAGAAAUGUUUUCCUGAUAAAUCACAACUUGGCAGACAUAUGAGAGUUCACACAGGAGAAAAGCCAUACUCAUGUUCAGAAUGUGGCAUAUAUUGUUCAGAUAAAUCCAGUCUUGUUAGACAUGAGAGAAUUCACACAGGAGAGAGGCCAUAUUCAUGUUCAGAAUGUGGGAAAUGUUUUAUAGACAAACAAAUUCUUAUUACACACGAGAAAAAUCACAGAAUGGAGAAGCCGUAUUCAUGUUCAGAAUGCGGGAAAUGUGUUGCAAAUAGAGCAUCUCUUGUUAUACAUAAGAGAAUUCACACAGGAGAGAAGCCAUAUUCAUGUUCAGAAUGUGGGAAAUGUUUUAUAAAUAAAUCAGGUCUUGUUGUGCAUGAGAGAAUUCACACAGGAGCGAAGCCAUAUUCAUGUUCAGAAUGUGGGAAAUGUUUUGUAAAUAAAGCUCAACUUCUUAUACAUCAGAAAACUCACACAGGGGAGAAGCCGUUCACAUGUCCUGAAUGUGGGAAACGUUUUUCUCAUAAAUCACAACUUGUUAGACAUAAGAGAGUUCACACAGGAGAGAAACCAUAUUCAUGUUCUGAAUGUGGGAAAUGUUUUACUGAUAGGUCAAACCUUAUGAAACAUGUAAGAAGUCACACAGGAGAGAAACCAUAUUCAUGUUCAGAAUGUGGGAAAUGUUUUACAAAUAAGUUAAAUUUGGUUAUACAUGAGAAAAAUCACAAAGGAGAGAGGAUGUAUUCAUGUUCACAGUGUGGGCGAUAUUGUUCAGAUAAAUCCAGUCUUGUUAGACAUGAGAGACUUCACACAGGAGAGAGGCCGUAUUCAUGUUCAGAAUGUGGGAAAUGUUUUAUUUCUACAGCCAGUCUUAGACGUCAUCAGAGAAGUCACACUGGAGAGAAGCUACUUUAAUGUCCUCUAUAUAGAAAAUGUUUUACAAAUUCAGUGAAUUUACAGAGCUUAAACUGUAUUGUAUGGAACAUGGCAAAUGUAAAAAAAAAAAAAACAACAAAUAUGUUCAACCCAUCAGGUUAUUCACAGACAGUAAUAAUAUAUUUUCAAGGGGGCGGGGGGUAAAAUUAGUCUGGAUGUGUGAAAUACCCAAAUAAUAUUUUACCUGAGAUCAACAGUGAUCGGGAUCCCUGGAGGAAAAGUAUUGUGGAUAUGAGGAAGAAAAGAAGAGCCUCAUUUACUGGAAGAGCAGUAAAGAUGAAUUGUCCCCAUGAGCCUUGCUUCUUUUUACUGUAUUCAUACCCCUACCCACACUGCAGGAGAAUCCAGAGGGACAUAGUGAAAAAGGAAGGACACCCCAAUGAUUUUGUAUUGAUUUUUUUUUUCAACUUGUCAACCUAUCAAUAGUUUUUCUUUAUUCAAGC